AUGGAUUUUAGGCAUUUGGAUCCUGGUAGGUGCCAGCUGAAGAGUAGGAGUCAUAAUUUUUAUCCAGCUUUCCAUGUGCUUAGGUUGAACCAUCCCAAUGUAGUAAGAGCCUGUGAAGUUCCUGAGGAGAUGAACUUUCUGGUCAAUGAUGUUCCUCUUCUGGCGAUGGAAUAUUGUUCAGGGGGUGACCUCCGGAAGUUGCUAAACAAACCAGAAAACUGCUGCGGACUUAAGGAAAGUCAAAUACUUUCUCUGCUUAGCGACGUUGGGUCUGGUAUCCAGUAUUUGCAUGAAAACAGAAUUAUACACAGAGAUUUAAAGCCUGAAAAUAUUGUUCUUCAGGAUGAAAAUGGGAAGAUUGUUCACAAAAUAAUAGACCUGGGGUACGCAAAGGAUCUGGAUCAAGGAAGUUUAUGCACUUCAUUUGUUGGAACGCUACAAUAUUUGGCUCCAGAACUCUUUGAGAAUAAAUCCUACUCAGUUACUGUUGACUAUUGGAGCUUUGGAACGAUGGUGUUUGAAUGCAUUGCAGGAUUUAGACCUUUCUUACAUAAUCUACAGCCUUUUGCCUGGCAUGAAAAAAUCAAGAAGAAGGAUCCGAAGCACAUCUUUGCUUCUGAAGAGAUGAAUGGGGAGGUUCGCUUUAGUACCCAUUUGCCACAGCCUCACAGCCUCUGUGGUUUAAUUGUAGAACCGAUGGAAAAUUGGUUGCAACUGAUGCUGAAUUGGGAUCCGCAACAGAGGGGUGGAGGUUUAGAUCCUGAGACCAGUCGUCCAAAGUGUUUCCUAAUAAUGGAUCACAUAUUGAAUUUGAAGAUAGUACACAUCCUAAAUAUGACUUCUGCCAAGAUUGUUUCGUUUCUCUUGCACCCAGAGGAAAGCCUUCAUUCCCUUCAGAUUCGGAUUGAGUUUGAAACUGGAAUAAGUACUGGAAAUCAGGAGCUGCUGUUGGAAACGGGGAUUUGCCUGGACCCUCGGAAACCUGCUUCCCAGUGUGUUAUUGAUGGCGUAAGAGGCUGGGAUAGCUACAUGGUCUAUUUGUUUGAUAAAAGUAAGACUGUCUAUGAUGGACCCUUUGCUUCUCGGAGUCUGUCUGACUGUGUAAAUUACAUUGUUCAGGAUAGUAAAAUCCAACUGCCAAUUCCUCAGCUGCGCAAGGUGUGGGCAGAAGCAGUUCACUACGUGAUUGGGCUAAAAGAAGAUUAUAGCAGACUUUUCCAGGGCCAGAGAGCUGCCAUGCUCAGUCUUCUUCGGUAUAAUGCCAACCUUAUCAAAAUGAAAAACAAUAUGGUGUCAGCAUCUCAGCAGCUGAAAGCAAAGCUGGAAUUCUUUCAUCAAAGCAUUCACCUCGACCUGGAGAGAUACAGUGACCAGAUGGCUUAUGGCAUAUCUUCAGAAAAGAUGCUCAAAGCCUGGAAGGAGAUGCAAGAGAAGGCCUCUCAGUGUGCACAGGCUGAAGAUAUAGGAUAUCUGGAUGAGCAGAUCAUGGCUUUGCACACGGAGAUUGUAGAGCUUCAGAAGAGUCCAUAUGCAAGGCGCCAAGGAGAGGUCAUGGAGAGCUUGGAACAGAGAGCCAUAGACCUGUACAAGCAGUUAAAAACAAGACCUCCAGAUCAUGCCUACAGUGACAGCACGGACAUGGUGAAGAUUAUCGUGCAGACAGUACAGAGCCAAGACCGAGUUCUCAAGGAGCUGUUUGGCCAUCUCAGCAAGCUCUUGGGCUGUAAGCAGAAGAUCAUUGACUUGCUUCCGAAGAUUGAAGUGGCUCUAAAUAACAUCAAGGAAGCUGACAACUCAGUGAUGCAGAUGCAGGGCAAAAGACAAAGGGAGAUAUGGCAUUUAUUGAAAAUUGCUUGUACUCAGAGCUCUUCUCGAUCGCUGGUAAGCUCCAGCCUGGAAGGGACAGCCUCAACUCCAGCAGCCACGUGGCUGCCGCAGAGCUCCUCAGGGAACGUACCUCACCCUCUGUCAUCUAUGGCAACUCCUGAAGAUGGGGAAAAUUUUGUCCAUGUGAUAGAAGAGAAUCUGAAUUACCUUGAACUCUUUAGCAGUAUUUUGCAGGAGGCAAGACAGGAGCAGAACAACAGCAUGAUGAGUUUUGAUUGGAGCUGGCUGAAAUAGCCGAAGGAGCUGAUGUGCUGCUACCUGC